AUGAAAGUGUACGAUAGCAGCGGCGACGACAUCGACUGCGAAGGUGCGGCUUGUGCGGGCUCUCGACAUCGUUACGCAAACCCAACGACGUCUAGAGCUCGGGCGAGCCCCGACCAUCAACCCUCCGAACCGGAUCAGCUCGGACACACGGGCUGGUGCACCUGCGGGCGGUGCGUGCCGAUGCCAACCGACCUCGAGAGCGUCUGCUGCCGCGAGGUUCCUGCAGCGACUCGGAAGCAGCCGUCGGAUUGCCUUACGACGCACCCGCACUUCCAUAGGCUGUGUUUGGAUGAACUGGUCUUGGACGUAGCCAUUCAGAUGCUUCAGGACCACAGCAUGCGUGUCGAGAACACGAGGAAGUACCGCCACAGCAGCUACAGCCAGCUUGCACACUGGCUUUGGGAACGGCUGGAAAAGAAUCGCAGGAGGGUCCUCCCUGCCUGUGCUGUAAAUAGAAUGAGGGAAAUAUUUCCGUCAGAAGGCUACAGUGGCUUCCAAUACGCUUACAAUUUGUAA